AUGCUGAUACUGGUCAUCCCUGUCUUGCUCAUUUUCUUCAUAGUUCCUCUCUCAAUAUCUUCCAUACAUUUAGUCGGCAUCACAGCAUUUUUCAUCGCUUGGCUAGCUAAUUUCAAGAUCUUCCUCUUUGCUUUAGGACGAGGUCCUCUAUCUCCAAGCCCUAAACCCCUCUCUCUUCCUGUUUUCUUAGCUGUGUCUUGCUUGCCCAUCAAGAUUCAGCUGAGCCCUAAACCUCCUACAUCUCAAUCCAACGGAGAUUCCAGACAGGGUCCAUUGAGUUACACCAUAAAGGCAGCUCUUCUCGUACUUGUCACAGUAGUCAACGAUUAUUACAGGAACCUCCCCGAGAAUGCCGUGUUGACUCUCUACGCGAUCCACAUCUAUUUAGCCCUCGAGCUCAUUCUAGCCGCCACCGCAGCCCUCGUUCGAGCCAUGUCGAAUCUCGAGCUCGAGCCACAGUUCGACAAGCCGUACCUGGCAACAUCGCUUCAAGAUUUUUGGGGGAGACGAUGGAACUUGAUGGUUACAGGAAUCCUACGGCCAACCGUGUACGAGCCAACGGUCCAGCUGUUCUCCGUCUUGGGCCGGGACUGGUCUCGGGGUUUGGCUGUUUUCGGGACCUUCGUUGUCUCGGGGUUAAUGCACCAGCUCAUCUUCUUCUACAUUGGACGGUUGAAGCCAGACUGGAAGGUAAUGUGGUUCUUCCUUAUAAACGGAAUCUUCACGACUUUGGAGAUCGCCGUCAAGAAAUCCGUUAGCGGAAGGUGGAGUAUUCCGGCAGGUGUAGCUCGGGUUUUGACUAUCGGGUUUGUGCUGGUGAUGACUUUGUGGCUGUUCAUGCCGGAGUUUAAGCGGUGCAACAUUUUUGAUAGGGCCAUUGAAGAUUACGCAUACAUAGGCGCGGUUGCAGUCAGGACAAGGAAAAGCAUGACCGCAUCUCUAUUUGGACUUACCAUGUGA